AUGGACUUCUCGCCGAGGUCCCGGCGACCGCGGAAGCCCCCGCCGCCCAAGAACUCCGAUUUGUAUUCCACUUUCGUGAUCCACGAUACGGACGACGCGGCGCCGCGGGAGCCCGAAUCCGGCCCAGGCUCAUCGGACAUAUACGCCACGAUGGUGUACAAGGACGACGUUCUCGAGGAAGAGGAGGAGGAUUCGCUCCCUCCUCUAUUGAAGCGCCUCCCCAAGGACUUCGGCGGCGGCGGUGACGAUCUCGGCUACUCCGACGAUGACGGCGGCGCCGCUGCGUCCAUCUCCGGCACGAUGAUUGUGAAGACUGAUCGGAGGAGAUCGAGUUUCUCUGGGAAGGACUCCAGCCGCUCCUCCCCGUAUGUGAAGCCGAGGAGUGUGCCUGCCACGCCCUAUGGGGACAAGAGAAGCCCUACCGGCAAAAUUGGGAACAAUGACGGCAGCGAGGAGGAAUCUGGGGAUUUUGGGACGUUUGUUGUGAGGGAGAGAGACGAUGAGGAUGAAGAGGACGAGGAGGAUGAGGAUGAAGGGUUGGGGACGAUGGUGAAGAGAGGAGGUGGCGGUGGUGGGGGGACGAUGAGGAGGGCGGUGGAAAGUAUGCAGAAAGUGGGAGAGGUUAGAGGACUUGGGAACAUGAGGCAGAGGAAAAGCAGCAGCGGUGGUGGUGAGGCCGGCGGUGGAAUUAAGCAAUUGCGGCAGCAGGGGAGUGGGAAGGUGUCGUCUAGCUCGAUACCCGACUGUAUGACCAAAGAGGAUCCUUCUACUAAAUAUGAGUUACUUCAUGAGCUUGGGAAGGGUUCAUAUGGGGCAGUCUAUAAGGCUCGAGAUGUAAGGACUUCAGAAUUAGUUGCCAUCAAAGUAAUAUCAUUGUCUGAAGGGGAGGAGGGUUAUGAAGAAAUUCGUGGUGAAAUUGAGAUGUUGCAGCAGUGUAGUCACCCUAAUGUUGUUCGCUAUCUUGGAAGCUACCAAGGAGAAGAGUUUCUUUGGAUAGUAAUGGAAUACUGUGGGGGUGGAAGUGUUGCUGACUUGAUGAACAUUACCGAUGAGCCUCUCGAGGAGCAUCAGAUAGCAUAUAUAUGCAGAGAAGCUUUGAAGGGUUUGUCGUAUUUGCAUUCAAUUUUCAAGGUACACCGAGAUAUUAAAGGUGGUAAUAUUUUGUUGACUGAGCAAGGAGAGGUCAAACUGGGUGAUUUUGGAGUUGCUGCGCAGUUGACAAGAACUAUGUCCAAGCGUAACACGUUUAUUGGUACACCACAUUGGAUGGCUCCUGAAGUUAUUCAAGAGAGCCGUUAUGAUGGAAAGGUAGAUGUGUGGGCUCUUGGAGUAUCUGCAAUUGAAAUGGCGGAGGGACUUCCUCCGAGAGCAACCGUUCAUCCUAUGAGGGUAUUGUUUAUGAUCUCCAUUGAACCCGCUCCAAUGCUUCAGGAAAGAGAGAAAUGGUCACUCUUGUUUCACGACUUUGUUGCAAAUUGCCUGGCGAAGGACCCACGAGUUCGACCUACAGCUGCUGAAAUGUUGAGGCACAAAUUCAUCGAAAAAUGCAGAGGUGAAGCAUCAAUUUUGGUGCCGAAACUUGAAAAGGCAAAGGAGAUCCGAGCGGCAAUGGCUUUGCAAGCACGGAAUGUUUCUUCAGAUGCAACACUGCCCAGAGAAGGGCCAGUGAGUGGUUCAGCUUUAAAUGAAGCCAUUACCAGCACUGUUCCAUCUAGACCUAAUAAUGCUCAGCAUAGUACCUCGGAUGCUACUGUUAAAAUGGCUCCGUCAGAAAUAGUACAAACUGCAGCAGAAGAUGAUUUUGGAACUGUGGUAGUACAUGAUAGAGUUGACAGUAAAACAGCUACUCUACCUGCUUCUACAAGAGCAGAACAAUCCUCUGCUGGCACUGGGCAUGUUAGAAGACCUUCUGUCGGUUUGCCCGGGGAUAAGGCAACAGAAUUUCGGACGGGGAAUCUUGCUGACGUGGAGCACCCACCUGCUUCUCAACCCGCUGAGCAAAAAACCACCAAGUCAAAUAGCAUUCCCCAAGUGACUAGUGAAACUGUCAGUAGAAAAGCAUUGGACAAGCUUUGGUCCAUAUACACUGCUGGUAAUACGGUGCCGAUUCCAUUUGUAAGGGCAACCGAUAUUUCCCCCAUUGCCCUUUUGUCUGACAAUGUGCUUGGAGGUUGGCACAAAGAUGAUGGAGGAAAUAUAGCUGUAGAGGCAAUGCAAGAGCUUUUUUCUGGUGAUUCUCAGCCCAAGAAGGGCAGAAGCCGGCAAAACGAGGCGCCCCUCCCUCCAAGUGUAUAUCAAAGGGUCAUAUGUAGUCCAACUCUAAUGAAUCUUGCUCAGGCUUUAGCGUACCACAAAAUGUGUUAUGAGGAGAUGCCCCUUCAGGAAAUGCAGGCAGAGCAAGAACAACAAACCAUUCAGAACCUUUCGGACACGCUCCGAACUAUCCUGCGAUUUUAG